AUGUCGCAUGAAUAUGCUCUAAUUCUGGAUGGAGCUGAGCGGCUCCGACCACUCCCAGUGCAGGCAUUUCUCCUUACUGAUCUAUAUCUCCUAGGGAGACAGAGAGACGGCUCGAUGACGGCGGAGGGCCAUAACGUCGAUGCGAACCUUUUGAGUAUAGGUCGCGAUCACGGCCAUUACUUCUCAAAAAAGACAUUUGGCAAGCCGACGUACUGUCACCAUUGUUGCGAUAAAAUAUGGGGUAUGCUAACGCAAGGAUACGCUUGUGAAGUCUGCAACUUUGUGUGCCACGAGAAAUGCCUGAAAACCGUCGUUUCCUACUGUAGCGGGGUAGCAUUGCAACUUAUCAAGAAUCCUGUUGCUCAUACGUGGUCGCAGCCGGGCUUGAUCAAGCGAAAGUUCUGCUGUGUUUGCCGAAAGCGUACCGAUGAAGCAUUGUCGUUAGAAUGUGAAGUCUGCGAAUACUACGUGCACGUGGACUGUUCCGAUCUGGCCGUAUCCGACUGCAAGGAAGCUGCUACCUACGUCCCGAAUUUGGACAGUACAACCCACGAACAAUACCAUCACAUGCGUGAGGGAAAUUUGCCAAAAGACAGCAAAUGUACGGUGUGUAAGAAAAGUUGCUGGUCAGCCGAAUGCCUUGCUGGGAUGCGAUGCGAAUGGUGUGGAGUGACGGCACAUGCUGUCUGCUAUCGACAGAUGCCAAAAGAAUGCGAUUUUGGCGUUCUACGAAAAAUUCUGUUACCCCCGUCAUCGUUGACUAUUCCACGAACGGAACUACCGAUGGAGCAGCUAUUGGCCAUAACAACAAAUGAACCUCCUCAGUCGCGUAAGGUGUCAUCGCCAUCGAAAAUUCAACCGGACGAUGUAUCAUCGUCUGGUGAAGACAUGAAAGAACGUGAGGACACGGAGAUUUUGCGGGUUUUCGAUGGUAACUCAUCGUUACGAGCACAAAUCUGUCGAACAGCGAGCGUUCCAAAAACUGCUACAGUGCAGCAGAUUCGCGACACGGCGAUGCGACGCUUCCACAUCACUGAUAAUCCGGACAACUACUACGUUACCCAAGUUGUCAACGAUGCAGGUGACGAAGAAACACUCGAAGAUCCGGUCCCGUUGCGAAAUGUGAAGCGACCGGAAGGUCGUCGUGCACAGAUCUUCCUUAGGUACAAAGAUGAUCCCGACAAGGAUGUGGUCAAGCUCUAUGGCGGGUGGUUAAGGGUUCCUGUAACGUUUUGUUCGUUGACCGUAACGCGUGACACUUUGGUCCAGGACGCUCUUGCUGAUGCUUUGCAAAAUUUUGGCUUGGAUCCUAGCACCUGGAAUAGGUAUAAUCUAAUAGAAGUAUCACUGGAUCGGGGUGUCGCUGAGCGGACUUGCAAUCCUCAGGAAAACAUGCUACAAUUGGUGCGAAAUCUGCGAAAGGACUCCUUACGUCGAUAUCACGUCGUUCGAUUCUAUGUGCAAGAAAAAGAGGAUCCACAUGAUCAUGCUGUUUUCGUAGGAAAUCUUCCUGUAUCACUGGCCCAACGACAAUAUGAGCGUAUAUUGCUCAAGUUAUUGGGCGCGAAAGAAAAGCCAUUUACUGCUAUCGGUCCUAUUUAUUUUGAAUAUGGUUCACUAGUGAUUACCUUUAACACGCCAAAAGCAGCGACGGCAGCUGUGCAACGGUUGCAGAAUGCUAUCUAUGAAGAUAAAAAGCUCAUUGUGUUGUGUCUUCCAAAUGUUCAGCCCCAUAUGCUAGCACCAGACGCUGAACCGUUACUGGUCUUAGUGAAUGUGAAGAGCGGAGGCUGUCAGGGUACGGAGUUGAUUCAGUCGUUUCGGAAGCUACUGAAUCCGUUCCAAGUUUUCGAUGUCCUCAAAGGUGGUCCACUAGUUGGGCUUUACGUUUUUCGCAACAUUCCCAAGUACAAGAUUCUUGCAUGCGGUGGCGAUGGUACGAUAGGAUGGGUAUUACAAUGCUUAGACAUCGCAAAACAGGACGCGGCAUGCUUCUCACCCCCGUGCGGCAUUGUCCCACUGGGAACAGGCAACGAUUUGGCACGGGUACUUCGGUGGGGAGGCGGUUACACCGGCGAAGAGAACCCUUUGGAUAUUCUGAAGGAUGUUAUCGAAGCUGACGAGGUACGAUUGGAUAGGUGGGCAGUAGUGUUUCACGAAGAGGAGCGGAGUCAACCUCCAAAUCAGGCAUCUUCUGCGAAUCAGGCUGAAACGGACCAAACGAUGAACAAUCCCGAGGAUCAGACGAGCAUGAUCAUUAUGAACAACUAUUUUGGCAUAGGGAUUGAUGCGGAUGUUUGCUUGAAGUUCCAUAAUAAGCGAGAUGCCAAUCCCGAGAAGUUUCAAUCGCGGCUGUUCAACAAAACGCAGUAUGCAAAGAUCGGUCUAAGAAAAAUGUUCUUCGAACGAUCAUGCAAAGAUUUGUGGAAGCGCAUCGAGGUUGAGGUCGACGGACGCCCUAUUGAGUUGCCAAACAUAGAAGGAAUUGUCGUGUUAAAUCUGCUCAGCUGGGGAAGUGGCGCAAAUCCUUGGGGUACAGCCAAGGAAGAGAGUCCAUUCCAGAAACCUACACAUUACGAUGGUCUUUUGGAAGUUGUCGGCAUUUCUGAUGUGUCGCGAUUGGGUCUUAUACAGUCAAAGUUAGCUGCCGGUACAAGAAUUGCUCAAGGAGGGAGUAUCCGCAUAACCACUCAUGAGGAGUGGCCCGUACAGGUCGACGGUGAACCCCAUAUUCAACCACCUGGUACAAUAACCAUUCUCAAAUCCGCACUCAAGGCGCAAAUGCUGAAGAAAGCGAAGAAAAGUCGCCGCGGCGCGACCUCGACGCAGGUGCGAGCGGUCGCGAGCGAGGGAUCGCCAUAUGGUCCGUUGGGAGUGCCAUCGUCUCUGGACGCAGCUCACGGCAAAUCCACGCCAGAAGCGCUCGGCGAUUCGGACGAAGAGGGCGACGCCUUUCUCUAAAUAUGCUUUUUGUGUCCGCUUGCUCCAAAAUUCAUACACUGCUCCGUCGUUGGAAAAAUUCUUCCCGUUUGUUUUUCUUUGUUUUCUGAACGCAUUCUUCACUGGCUAUCUCUCUUCAUCUCCACAUUCCGCAACAAUUCUCUUCACCAGAUUUUCGCUUUCUUCUCUACAUUUCUACUUAAACUAAUUUAUUCCAACAUCCCGGUUUUCUUCCAGGGUCGGCAGCAGAAUUUCUGUUGGCUUUAACUUAACGGCAAUGGGCACUUGCUCUAAUAUAUUAGGUGAUAUAUCAUGAACAUUAUUCCUCUCACUACUGCUAACACUGCUGAGGUAUAUCGCGAGAAUUUCUAGAAAUUUCGCAGCAGCAGCAAAAAGCAACCCAGUCGUAUCGCUAUUUUAUUCAACGCUCAUAUAUAGGAUUGUAUAAAGUGUAAGUGAUUUGCACACAGUAGUUAAACAGUGUUUUCUGUUCUCUUCGGUACUUACUAAGUAAGCCCCCCUCCCCCAUCCACCAAUUCUAUCAUUGUUUGCGAUAUAAGCGCUCAGCAAGCAAUCAUAAUCUAUAUAAUGCUGCGUUCUGAGUUUCUUGUGCUAGCGCUGUCUUCAAGACGUGCCAUACUGGUUUUUGGCUUCCAUAGAUGCGCCCCGUAUCGAUCGGUUGACACGGCGCUGGAACGGCGUUGGCGCGGACAACUCUAGACGCCACUUAAGGUGUCGGUGGCUAGAGCUUGCUAAAGUCACUGCAUCUUCAGCUACUUUGCUUCUAAUCACGGUAGAAUCGUAGUUUGUGCAUU